GAAACUAUAUAAUUUAGGCUGCACACGCGGAUUCAGCUUUCGCUCGAGUUCCAAUUAGCUUGGGCAGCUUUUGUUGUACGUGCGGUGCCCCAUAACCGUGUGAACGACCUCAUUUCCAGGUCGUUCACACGGAUCGUCGUGAGGAGGCCUCGCCACAGGCGCCCGCAGUUGCCCGCAUUUGCCUUUCAAGAGAAAACGCGGGAUGGAAGUGACGCCACCGGCAGAGAUACUUACGCGCGUAAAGGAUCGAGAGUAGAAUUCGAACUGUUUGAACUGCGUGCGACGUCCUUCCGUAGUCGACGAGGGCGUUGCUAGAUAUACCGGGCCUCGCCUGUUUAUCUCUCCACGCCUCCGCUGUUUCCACUCAGACAUGGAAAACGAAGGUCUCACAGCUGGGGCGAUUCAGCGUCUACUCAACAAAGAAGAAGUUCACAAACCCGUGCUGCAGAUACUGGGCUUAAACGCCAUUCGCACUGACUCUGCGGAGAGAUGUAGGAUAGCGCUCUUCGAUGGAGCAGACUGCCACACGUAUGCAAUGCUUGGAGCGCAUCUUACAAGCACGCCAGCCUACAACAACCAAGUUGACAAAUACUCAGUGGUGCGACUGGAAAAGUACAUGUGGUACACAGUCAAAGAAAGUAACAGAGAUAUUCUGGUUAUUUUGGGCCUAACCGUUAUCCGGAAAGGCGAUGACGUGGGCUGCACGUUGCGGAGGCCUUCGAUUUCCAUCUCAUCAACGCCAUCUGCAGCACCGGUAGCGGCGUCAUUUGGAAGCAGCUCAAACGCCUAUAUCAUCCCGAUCGCUCAACUUACUCCCUUCAAUUCAAGGAGGACAAUCAGAGUUCGGGUCACGUAUAAGACUGCCGUACGAUCUUGGAGAAGUUACAACGGGACAGGAAAGUUGUUCUCCCUUCAUCUGCUGGAUGAAAGUGGAGAAAUAAGUGCGACGGUGUGGAUCGACAAUCACUGCGACUGGCUUUACGAUGCUUUUCAAGCCAGCAAGGUAUAUGAGAUUUCAAACUACACCGUGAAGCCACCAAAAGACCCCUCGUAUUCAACUUUCGAACACGAAUACGAGCUGUCAUUCUCAUCAGCAACCAGCGUCUAUCCAUGCCGUGAUGAGCCUCCAAACAUUCCCAUGCUGAAACUCAAAUCGGUGCCUAUAUCGAAUGUUCCAGAUGUGGCCGAGAACGGUCUCAUUGACGUGAUCGGGGUCUGCUCGUGGACAGGCGACGUGAGGACGGUGAAGAAGCGGGCCACUAAUGAGGACCUCAAGAAACGAGACGUACUCCUAGUGGACGAAAGCAAUACGGACGUCCCCCUCACACUCUGGGGUGAUCAGGCGGAGAGGUUUGACGGUGCUGGCAACCCUGUCAUCGCUGUGAAAGGAGUGCGCGUGUCCCGAUACAAUGGUAGCAUAUCCCUGUCCAUGCUUCCCUCUGGAGCCCUGCACGUCAACCCGAACAUUCCGGAGACCCAUACACUUCGCAGCUGGUAUAAGGAAAGCGUGCGUUGGCCUACUCGUUCGCUCUCAGCCCAUAGCAACGAACUACUGGACCACGGAAUGCCCAACUGGAAGUGCCUGGCACAAGUCGAGAAGGAGCGUUUGGGCCAGGGAGGCACGCCGGAAUACUACAACGUCAUGGGGUGCCUCUCUGUCCUGCGCACUGAAAGCGCCCUGUACAAGGCCUGCACCAACGAAAACUGCAAGAACAAAAAAAUGCUCGACCGGGAGGACGGAAACUACUUUUGCGAGAAAUGCGGCUGUGAGACAAGUGAAUUCAAGUGGACGCCUCUCAUUACGGGGAAAUCGACGAUCGCAGAUUUCAGUGGUUGCCAGCAGAUAACCUGCUUUGGGGAACAAGUUGAACAGUUGGUCGGAGUGUCUGCGGAAGACCUGGGAAGAAUGUACGAGGCAUCUAGCCCUAGUAACUGUGACUUUGAAGAAACCUUCCAUGAGGCCACCUUCAAGAGGUUUAUCUUCAGGCUACGCGUGGCAAAGGAGGCCUACAAUAACGAAGUCAUCUUGAAGACAACAGUGGUCGACGCGGCUCCAGUCCGCUACAACAUACAGGCGCGACGCCUACUCAGGAGAAUCGAAGAGCUGUCAGCAAGGAUUGCGAUGGAAACGCAUUGACUACAUCAAGCAUGGUUUCUGCAAAAUUUGCGCUCAAUUUGAUCUGCAAUGUUUGCCUCAACUUAUACAAUCUCCCGAACCACGUGUCCGCGGAGAUUUUUUCGUUCAAUGAGUGGAGAUUCACUAAAAUUGGUGCCGGGUCUAUUUUUUCACACUCAAACCUGUCGUUGCGCUGCUGUGCCAGUGAUUGUUUUUCAUUCAUGUGAGUACCACAUCCAACUUUACUGUGAUCUAGAUAUGUAUUGUCGUUGGAUCAUCUGCCUGUGGUAAUCUCUAACUUGAAAACCUUCCUUUUCUUGGCAUGUGUUUGCGCCACGCCUCGUUGCAUCUCGAACGGCCUGACUUCACUGCUCAGCGUUCCGCACUGCAUUCUUUCUGUCAUUUUUUUGCCUAAUCAGGGCAGUAAUCGUGGUGUGUCUGAUCUGAUUUUUUUUAUUUGCUGCGUUUUUUAUCCUUUUCUGGUUUUUCUGGUACUAAGGUUGUUACCUUUGCGCUUACCUGCCUUACUGCAGCGUCACCCGUAGAUGUCGCUGGUAAUCGCACAGCUUUAUUUGUAACUGAAUCUAAUAAACUUCUCUUUUA